CCACCAAUGGUAUCGGCUCUAACAGUCGCGCAUAGUCGGGUCGCUCUGCAUUGAAGAUGUAAUUUCGCACGAGCGAGAACGUGCCUUUGCGCAUCGCAGGAUCACCGUCUUCGACCUGGCGAAGUGGCCGAAUGCCUCUCUCGACGGAGCUGGUCGCUUGGUGGAUUGGCGCGCAUUCGUGAGCCCGGAGGAAACUGAUAUCCGACCACUGAAGUCGAAACAACUUGUCUUCACCGAUCCUGAAGAUCCAGAUGCUCAGUGCGAAUGCUAUGCGGUGUCGACCGACGGCAAGCAUCUCGCAGCAUCGUUCAGCUUCACUGAUAUCCUUGUAUGGCGGCUUCCCGAUGGCCUGCUGGUUCAGCGCCUUCAUCAGGAGGACGACAGCGAGGACGUUACAUCCCUGUCAUUUUCUCCCAACGGCCACACUCUGGUCUCAGGGUCCAAAGACGGGAUCGCCAUUAUUUGGGAUAUUCAACGUGGCUGUGUACUCCAACGUCUCACAGGAGAUCGUUCCCUGAUGGACGACACUGCAUAUUCCCCCAAUGGCGCGCUCGUUGCCAGAAUUGACUUCGACGGAUCCGUGAAGAUUUGGGACGCCGCAACCGGUGCAUGUCUGAAGUCCUUCAACGCCAAUCAUUCCAUACACCAGCUCACCUUCUCACCGGAUAGUUCGCGCCUGUGCGUUCGAGCAUACAACUCCUGCUUCAUUUACGACGUGCAGUCCUGUAGGCGCAUCGCUGUAUUGCAAGAUGAAAAGAGCGACAAGAUUGAGUUCUCAAUGUCUCGCCAAGGCGAUCGCAUAGUCACCGGAACAAAUUUCGGGGCAAGUGUGAAGGUUUGGAACGCGGUGACCGGUCAAGAGCUUCUCACAAUCCGUGACAAGAGAAAGCCGACACCCCCUGUGGCAUUCUCCCCAGACGGCGCAGAGGUGUUGGCGGUUCGCAAGACGGACCGAACGGCUCUCGCUUACGACUCGCGGACAGGCCGGCUACGCCAUAUCUUCAGGCUGUCACACCCGCCCCAUUGUCUCACAUACUCCCCGAACGGAGACUACGUUGCUUUCGCAGACUUACAAGGCAGUCUCGAAGUGUAUGGCGCAAAGUCCCGGACAUUCAUCGGAAGGAUCGAAGGAUUCGGGAAUGGCGCAAGAUUACAGGAAGCUGAGUUUCUACCUGAUAGCCAGACCAUUCUGUCGCAUAUCACGUGGACCCGCCACGAACCUCUCCGUCUGUGUAACAUACAUGAUCUAGUCCGGAUGCGAUAGUGUAUAACAUCCCGCUGAGCUCAUUCUAUUCCAUUGCCUUCGACUGCGGUCGCGGAGCAGCCGUUCAGGACUUUACUGGCUAUCCUGAGGCACAAGACUUCACAGGCUGCGUAUAGCGAUGUGCCGCCUCGCGACAAGGCUUAUGAGUAUUUCUGUGCAUCUAGUGCAGCUAGUAGACAGGAGUGGAGUGAUUGCGGCACAAUUACAUGACUCACGGGCCACGAUGUGGCCUGAACGCCCGCUGCCGCCGAAGCUGAUCCUGACGUAGAAUGGUCGCAGAUGCAGGUACCCCAGCUUGAGAUGUGCAGCCUGCGACGGGCGCGCUCGUCGCGAUCUGCGUGUGGGCGCACCAUCUCUGCGGUCCUGCCUGUAGCCGGUUUGGCAGCCGAGAUGCCCGAGAGCGAGCGAUACGCCCCAAAAGCGCACUCAGUCGGUUCUGAGGAACGAUGUAUAGGUCAGCAUCUUGGGCGUGCAUAUUAAGAAAAAGAUAAGAGCUGACUCGGGACCGUCCCCAGUUCGGCACGCUCUAGGCACGGUGGCCUUGGUAAGGCGAUUUAGCCCGGAAAUCAGAGCGCUCUCGAUGCCGGCAUAUGCUGACGACGCAGGGGCACUGCGCCGGGGGAGAGGGGCCAUGCGCCCAGCGUAUGAUGGCACUGGAGAGCGAGAGGAUGAUGGCAGAGAUGACGAUGUGAGUCAUGCAGGCAGCCAUCGGCGCUGCGCACGGACCACGAUGGAUAUAUUUGUGUGAAGAGGAAAUGCCAAUCCGGAAGAAUGAGAAGUGUAGUGAGACUGCUGGAUAGACGAGAAGCUUUGUUGUGAACCAGCGAGAACAGAUUUUGCGCCGAGUCGAAGGCAUUACGGAACAAACAAAACCCAGAAGCGCCUAACAGCCGUGUUGGCAGAAAAGCAGUUGUCCAGGUACUUGGCGGCCUACGAUUUGACUGCGCAAGACGAUCGUCGGGGAGACGUCGAUCCGACGUCACGAAUGACGCAGGCUUGCCGGCGCGACAAAGCUAUAACUGAGCACUUUGACUCCUGGUAUGCGGAAUGCUACCGAGGCGGUCGCCGCGUUGACGAGUGACGUGCAGGUCCUCAUCCUUGGUUCAGACUUCGGCCUUCAUACGAGGGUUCUGUUACUCGU